CACAGUACUUUGUAAGUAAGUCACUCGUUUGUUGCGGAGCCAAGAAAUCAUCUUGAGUUUCAUUUUAGAGGUGUUAGAAGUGGACCUAUUUUCUUUACAGGCGCAUCAAAUAUAGACCUCGUCAUUGCAAAUGCAAAGCUUCAUAAAUAAAAAUGAGCAAUCUAACAGAAUCGGAAGCUAAGAUAAAAAAAUGGACCACAGAAGAAGUUCACCAGUGGUUGAAGACAACGGUCAACAUUCCGCACUUAUAUGCAGAUAAGCUCCUAGAAGAAGAAGUAUCAGGGGAAGAAAUGCUCUAUUUUCAGAAACAAGAUCUGCUUGAUAUGGAAAUAAAACAUGGACCUGCUGUCAAAAUCUUUACAUAUCUAGAUGAGUUGAGGAGAGGAUCACAGCAUGCAUCAAAAUAUCCUGCAUAUGUAGACAAGUGGACAAAAGAGCAAGUUUGUAAUUGGUUAUUGGACAAAGUGAAGGUGUACAAACAAUACACUGACCGGCUACUAGAGGAAGAGGUAUCUGGAGACUGCCUAGUUUGUUUCAGCAAAAAAGAUCUUACAGAUCUACAGAUAAAACAGGGGCCUGCUGUAAAGAUUUUAGGCAAGUUAAGUGAGUUAGACAGUGAGUUAGGACCUGAGUUACAAACCCCUACGCAUUUCAAGACUGACCCAGAGGACCAGCAGAAAAAUCACAGAGACAGUCCUGUUUCCCUCCUGCAAACUCCAUCUGCUCAAACAGAACCACAUCAGACUAUGGGACCAGAGAGAACAACAGUCAACGAGAACCGAGAGACACAUAGAAUGUUGAUCCAAUACUUAGAAGAACUACUGAAGAAUGACUUGAAAAAGUUCACUUCAUUACUUCGUGAUUCCAAGUUGACUGGAUUUGCAUCAAUUCCACACAGCCAUUUAGAGAAAAAGGACCGCAUUGGAAUUGCUGAUCUGAUGAUAAAACACUAUGGGGGCGAGGCUUUGCAAGUCACCCUAAAGAUUUUAAAGCAAAUUGAUCACAAUGAUCUUGCUCAACGUCUUGAGAGGAAUAUGGGUGAGAUGGCGCCACUCAACCCAACAGCUGUCCUGAGAAGAGAGGCGAAUCAGGGUGAUAAACUAAGGAAUUUGUUGACAUGUGGAGGAAAUUCCCUUGACCACUAUGAUAGAUUUGUAGUUGUUAUGAACACAUGUCAAAAAGAACAAGUAGAAAAUCUUGAGUUUCUAAGCAAAUUGAAAUUGUUCUGUGUACUAGAUUUUGACCCAAACUCUGCAGCUCCUGGUGGAGUAUGCAGUUUCUACAGAAAAUCGCGUGUUGCAAAUCUUCAUAGCCCCCCCCAAUUUCAAAGUGAACCAGAAGAUGUGAUCAAAAAUCUCAGUCUUGGUAUACAGACAAGCUGGGUAUUUUGCAAUGGCAGACAUGAUAUUGACUGUGAAGCAAAUAAAGAGUUAUCCUACAAGGAAUGGUUUAGGACAGCACGCGGAGACAUUGAGCAAAUGGUUUCAUUCAUCUGCAAGCCAGAAGUUCUUCAGUCUAGAAGAAGUCUUGUUAUAUUUCUCCUACUGUCACCAGUGCACACUGACAAAGAUGCUGUCUUUGAUACUUUCAUGACUUUCUAUUCACGUAGAAAGGGAGAAAACAUAGUGAGUAUUUGUGAAUCUCAGAGCACAUUUGACAAAUGGAGAGACAUGAUAAAGGACAAGUGUGAUUAUGAUAUCACCAAGCAGGCAGUAUACCUGUUAACAAUGAGUGAGAUCAAUGGCGCUGUGAUGACACUUGGACCACACAAUCAACCAUGUGGUAGAUCCCUCCCAUCUUCGGAUUCAAGCAGCGUAAUUCUCAAACAGAAGGAUGAAGACUAUAUGACUGCUUUGGACAUUUUAUGUGAAAAUCAGUGUGAGAAUGUCUAUGAUGAGAAAAGCAAAGACUUCCAAGACCAUAAAAUUAAAAUGGAGGAGGAAUUCUACAGAGGGGGCAAAGCCAAGUGGUGGAACUUCUAUUUUAGUGACCAAGGUAAAGCAAAACCGUUCAUAAAAAGAGACAAAUAUUUCAAUGUAAUGAAGAUGGUCAAAGCUCAGACUAAAGAUCCCAGAUCUGCAUGUGUUUUGUUGAAUCUGUUUCAUCACCCAAGUUGCGGGGGUACCACACUAGCCAUGCAUGUGAUGUGGGAUCUUCGAAAGGAAUUCAGAUGUGCAGUAUUGAAGGACAAUACUCUACCAAAACCUGAAGUGGCUAGACAAGUCGAAACGUUGAUGAAGCUUGGGCAAAGUGAGAAGUCUACUCCAGUGUUGCUGUUGGUAGAUGAUUCAAAAGAUGCCGAAAACCGAGAUCAUCUCAUUAACUGCGUUCGCAAAACUGGUGAGAAAUGCUCUAGCACAGAUGUGGAAGAUCCUGCAAACUCUCUUGUCAUCAUUCUGAAUUGUGUUCGUUCCCAUAACCCGAAGAGCCAGUACCAGGACUGUGCACAAGAAAGCCAGUACAUAACUGCAUCACUUACAAAAAAGGAACAAGAUGAUUUUGAAGAGAAACUUCAAGAACUCAAAGAAACUCAUACAAAACCUGAAAACUUCUACAGUUUUAUGAUCAUGAUGAGUGGCUUUGAUGAGCAAUACAUUGCUGGACUCGUCAGCCACACUCUAAAGGACUUUAACAUUGAAACAAAGACAGCUAAACUCUUUGCUUUCUUAGCACUCUUGAAUACACAUGUGCCUGAAUCAUACAUUUCUGUAUCUCUUUGUGAGGAUUUCUUUGGAAUGAAAUUUUGGGGUAUUUUGGUGAAAGACGGUGUACUUGACAGAAUGGAACCGUACACAAACCUAUUGAUAAUUGACACCAUUGAGAACCAGGGAGGAUACAAAGCUAUUAGAAUCCUUCAUCAUUCUAUUGCCUCUGCAUGUCUUAAAGAGUUAGGCACAAGGUACAACAUUUGCUUGAGUGACAUAACCUUAGAAAUGCUACACUGUGAUUUGUUUUUCAAAACUGGAGUGGUAAAACACACCCUGAUGCUCUCAAUUCAAAGCAUGUUGAUUGGAAGGUGCAAAAAAGAUGAAGAUCUCAGAACUCAGUUCUCACCACUGAUAGAAGAUAUCCACACACAGGAGGGUAGAGAACAAAUUCAAGCCAUCUUUGAGAAAGCAUCUUUGCGAUUUGUUGAAAGUGCAUCUAUUCCUCAGGCACUUGCACGGUAUCUUUAUAUCAAAGUACGUGAUUUUCCCCAAGCAGUGAAAUGGGCAGAAAAUGCUAAAAAUAUCACAGAAAAUCCAUACACAGUUGACACGAUUGGACAGGUUUACAAAAGUAAUCUUAAUUACAACAUCCAAAAUGAAACCCAGAAAAUACCCAGUCCAGAUAACUUAAAUACAAAUCUGACGAUUGCAAAAAAUGCCAUUCAGGCUUUUGAAAGAGCUCAAGAGUUGGCCAACAAACAGGAUACAUGUGUCAAUGAUCCUGAGGACAAUUUCACAAAGUCAACCUACAGCAUUUUUGGCUAUGUUGGGAUGAUAGAAAUUAUAAUAACAGUCUUUGAAAUGUUAAGCAGUCUGCCAUUCUUUGAUGUGGCUAAUCUAGAGAAAAAGAGGCAUUUACUUGGCUUUCUAAGUAAAUCAAUUUCCAUCACUACAGUUCCAGACAUAAACAAUGAGGAGUACAGAGAGUAUUGUCGCAUAAUUCAAGAGCAUAAGUCUUUUCUCCUUGAUUUUUACUUGAAAGCUAAGGUAAAAACUACAUUUGAAAUAUGUGAUGGCUACUUCACCUACAUAAAGGGAAAACAUUUUGGAGACUUUGAGACAAGAAAUCGAAAGAAAAUCUCUGACAACUUUACCAAGUAUCUAAAGCUUGUUUGCAUGUCAUCACAAGAGAUGCGCGAGGAACGACAAAAGAGGACCCAACUCAAUCUAAGCAUUGAUAUCGAGGAACGCAGAAUGUACCUAGUGGAAAGGCAUGCAGACACAUUUGCAGGAUUAAUUCAACAUUUAGACAAGACAGCCGAGGAAAUGGAGACAAUCACUGAGUACUAUGGAUUUUUGCACAAACACUCAUCUAGUACAAGAUUGGACAAAAUUAACUUAAUUUUGUCCAAUGUAAUUCUCCACCUACUAAAACCAAAAUCUAAACAUUUAAAGAGUCACCAGGAACUUAUUAAUCUCCUUAAACAAACAUUGCAAGACAUAGGAAUGCAACAUCCCUAUCCCGACCCAUACUAUCUGGCACUGCUGUUAUUUUGGCCGAGUGCAGAUACAGAAAAAACAGACAUUGGGACAUAUGUGAACUCCAUUCGAAAGUCAUCCCAAAAGCAUUUUGUGUUUAGGAGGAGAAGCACUGUUGCCCACUUCUACCUUGGCAAAGAAAGGGGAUUGAAGAGGCUUGUACCGAAACGUAACCUUGAUGAGUGUUUUAUGAAAAUAUCACGGGAGAAGUUAGCUGCACUUUGGAGGAACGGAGAUAUCUUUAAAGAUAAGAAAAUCAGGGACCGUCUUCGCAGAGUCCAUGGAACAAUUGAAGAAGAACAAGUUUUUGCUAAUUACGACACAAUGAAAAUCCCUGUGCGACCAGCCAACCCUGGUGUUGUAAGGAGCGGAUUCAGCUCAGAAAAAGUGUCGUUCUACUUGGGUUUUGCUAUUAAUGGUCCUCUUGCAUAUGAUAUCAAGUAUGAAUCAUGAAGUUGCAAGAUGUUCCUUAGGUUUGUUACAAUGGGAACUUUCCCUAACCAUGAUCUACAACAAACGUUUCAUUUUUUCAUGAAAUACAUGUUGGAUUGUGAAGAAAUACAUUAUCUCAAGAAAAAAUAAGGAUUUUUGAAUGGAGCCCUCAAUAAACUGAAAUUGACUUGUUGAAUGGCUUGUAGUAGUCAAGGCUAUAGUCCCUUGAGACAGUAUUGAAAACUUAGACUGAAAUACAAUUGCUUGGAGAGUGUCAAGAAAAUGAAACAUUGAUUGUUCCAAAAUCAUGACACUUGCAGAUUUUGAAAAGCCAUGACAGAUGUCAUUAUUUGCUAUUGUUUUAGGCAUAAUGCAGCAGAUAAGACUGGAUUAUUCAUGACUACAGUCCUCAUUGUGAUGUAACGAGGCUUCAACUAUCUUAAUGGACAGUAGAGUCAAAAUAUUUGAGAUGGUGACUAUAUUCAAUGAGUAAACAUGCUUAAAAUGGGCAUGGAAUGAAUAAAGAACUUUCUUCUUUUUAGACAUUUUUAUGUUGGAACGUUUUAAACAUUUUUGUUUGCUAUGAUUUCUGUUUUAUUGAUUUGUUUAUUUACGGCUUGUGUGUUUUGGAUUCCCGCAAAGACUGCGGCUUGUGUUUUGUUGAGUUACAAUUUUAUUUACAUUGGAAAACCACAAAGACUGUGGCUCGAGAUACCGCAAAGACUGCGGCCUGUGUACAAAAGGGUUUUAUUACUUAUUACUUUUAAUAACUUAUUACUAUAAUGUUUUAUUGAUUUUAUGUAAAGCACCUUGAGCUGCAAUUCUUGUAUGAAAUGUGCUAUAUAAAUAAAGUCUUAUUAUUACAUGUGUAUUAAGCAGGCAAGGGCAAAAGUGCAUAUGAUGACAAAAUACAAGUGAUGACUGAUCACCAGGACAUGUACAGUACAUGUUCAAAUAACUUGCAGUACAAGUUUAACUAUUAUUCACUGUUAUAAAGUUUGCAAAGAAAUCUAAAUAACUCAACACUAUAUGAUGAGAUUGUAUUCUGUUAAGCCUACAUUUUAUGAGUGGUUUUAUUGUAUUGCUAUUUCAUGGUGUUAUUGAAUCUUUUCCAUUUUUAGCAUUGUGAAACAGUAGAACUUUUUCAAAACAUGCAGCUGUAUCGCAUAGCUAGAGAUACGACAACAAACUUUCAAUCUGUCUCUA